AUGAACGACGAUGACGCGAUUCACAACAUUCACAAGAAGAUAGAGCGGGAGAAGGCCCUCAUCAACGCUGCCAAUUCCAUGAGGGCACAGACAAACAAUGAAGCUGUCAGAUCCCGUCUCGACUCCCAGAUGCGCGAUGGCCGCCGCAAUCUCCAGUUUUUCGAAGAGAAGCUUCGUGAUAUCCAAAUGCGCCGUGUGAACCAAGGCGUUGGAGACAUGUCUCUCGGAGGACCAUCUGACGAGGCCGGUGGCCCUCCCGCACCACCACCAAAGGAUUCCAGCAAUCCCGCGGGGGAUAGAGGAUCAUACGGCUCCGGCUCAGGACAAUACAGCCAACAGGGCGGCUCCGAUCUCAUGCCCCCGCGUCAUCCCUAUGCACCGGGACCUGGUGGAUCGGGCAUUCCGAAGGCCCGUCCGAACUUCACCAAACUAGACUUAAUCAAAUAUGAUACGCCGCAUCUGGGCCCCCGUAUUCAACUCAUGCUGUCACAGAUUCAGUUCAAGCUCAAUGUUGAGGAGCAAUAUCUCAAGGGUAUUGAGAAGAUGGUUCAGCUUUACUCCAUGGAGGGUGAUCGGAAGAGCAAGGCCGACGCAGCUGCUAGGAAGGUUGAAAGCAAGCAGAAGAUUCUACUGUUGAAGCAGGCACUCAAGAGAUAUGAAGAACUGCACAUCGAUGCGGACGUUGCAGAUGCCCAAGAUGGUAAGUCAGCGUUAAACCAUGAUGACCGUGAGGCUGACAAAGAACCAGAUGAUUCAAUCAACGCCCCCAAUCUCAGGAAGCCCCUCAGCGGACAGCUCUCGAUUCGAAUGAUAGCGAUCAAGGAUGUCGACCACGCUGCAACUGGACGUUUUACGAGAGGUCCUGAGACCUUUAUUGCUGUGAAGGUUGAGGAUACCGUCAUGGCUCGCACGCGAGCGUCCAGAAAUGACCGCUGGGAGGCCGAGUUUCAUACCAUCGAAGUCGACAAGGCCAACGAAAUCGAGUUGACGGUUUACGACAAGCCUGGAGAACAUCCUAUGCCCAUCGGUAUGCUCUGGGUUCGGAUCUCCGACAUUGUUGAGGAAAUUCGUCGCAAGAGGAUCGAAGCUGAGAUGAACAGCUCGGGCUGGGUUUCUGCCGAUAGAAUGGGAAACACCAGUGCGGCCCCUACACAAUUCCCCAUGAGUCCUUCUCAAGGCUCUUUCGGAGCAGGUUCUCCAUCGGCCGGUGGUGAGCAGGGAGGUGACUCUGGUCCGUUCGGAACUGCUGGUCCUCAGCCGCAGGUACAAACAGGACCUAUUGAAGAAUGGUUCAACCUCGAGCCGACUGGACAGAUCCAGCUUCAGUUGACGUUCAACAAAUCUAACAACAACAGCCGCCCCAUCGACCUUGGUCUUGGUCGAAAGGGUGCCGUUCGUCAACGAAAGGAGGAAGUCCACGAGAUGUACGGCCACAAGUUCGUGCAGCAUCAGUUUUACAACAUUAUGCGCUGUGCGCUUUGCGGAGAUUUCCUCAAGUACUCAGCAGGCAUGCAGUGUGAGGACUGCAAGUACACUUGCCAUACUAAAUGUUAUUCCAGCGUGGUGACAAAAUGCAUCAGUAAAAGUAACGCGGAAACUGAUCCUGACGAGGAGAAGAUCAACCACCGUAUUCCCCACAGAUUCAACCCUUAUUCCAACAUGACAGCAAACUGGUGCUGCCACUGCGGUUACAUCUUGCCUUUUGGAAAGAAGAACUGCAGAAAAUGCUCAGAAUGUGGUCUCACUGCUCACGCUCAAUGUGUCCAUCUUGUCCCUGACUUCUGUGGCAUGUCAAUGGCUGUUGCCAACCAGAUCCUGGAUGGCAUAAGGACUCAGAAGCAGAGACAGGCCAAGGUUUCUUCACUUACGGAAAAGACACUACGACCUGGAAAGACUAGUCCUACGAGUACCAGCUCACCAGCUCCCUCUUACUCCAGUUCGGCUGCUCCUUCUUACCAGUCAGGACCAGCCUCUCCAGAGGCGACAGAGGCUGCCAAGAUGAUAUACUCGAACCAGACUACACCAAGACCUGGUGGCCCUGACCGAACUUCCUCCAGUUCACAAGCCGCGGCUGCAGCAUCGGCGGCUAUGUCUGGUGGACCUGGUGCUGCCCAGCGACAGCAUUCUGAUUACGGACGUUACAGCGGAGGCUAUGACCAGCCACAAGAAGAUCCCUAUGCUCAAGGAGGUCAAUACAGUGCGGGCGGCCAGCAACGCAAGUACAACCCUGCCGAUUAUGCUAACGUCAACCCUGGCUACGGAGGACAACAACCUGCUGCUCAGGCUCAGCGACCUGUACAGCAGCAGCCGGCCCAGCAACCCCCUCCUCAGUCACCGCUACCUCCAGUGCCACAACAUCAGUCGCAGCCCCAGCAGCAACAAGCUGCUUAUCAGCAGCCCUCAGUGCCAGCGCAUAAGCCUCAACAACCAGAAGCCAUGUCUCCUAAGCAGCAGUCGGCAACUGGCGGCAAGCAGUCGGCUCCUUUGGCUACUGAUCCUGGAACUGGCCAGCGUAUUGGUCUCGAUCACUUCAACUUCCUUGCUGUGCUGGGUAAGGGUAACUUCGGUAAGGUCAUGCUGGCCGAAACCAAGCGAUCCCGAAAGCUCUACGCCAUCAAGGUGCUCAAGAAGGAGUUCAUUAUAGAGAAUGACGAGGUUGAGAGUAUCCGCUCCGAGAAGCGUGUGUUCCUGGUUGCCAACCGAGGCAGACAUCCAUUCUUGACAAACCUGCACGCAUGUUUCCAGACAGAGACCCGUGUGUACUUUGUGAUGGAGUACGUUAGCGGCGGUGAUCUGAUGUUGCACAUUCAGAGGGGCCAGUUCGGUACUAAGCGUGCGCAAUUCUACGCUGCUGAGGUCUGCCUGGCACUCAAGUACUUCCACGAGAACGGUGUUAUCUACCGUGAUUUGAAGCUCGACAACAUUCUUCUCUCGCUUGACGGUCACGUCAAGAUUGGUGAUUACGGUUUGUGUAAGGAGGAUAUGUGGUAUGGCUCGACAACAAGUACCUUCUGUGGUACCCCUGAGUUUAUGGCACCGGAGAUUCUUCUGGACAAGAAAUACGGUCGUUCCGUAGAUUGGUGGGCAUUUGGUGUGUUGAUUUACCAGAUGCUUCUUCAGCAGUCUCCUUUCCGUGGAGAGGAUGAGGACGAAAUCUACGAUGCCAUUCUUGCCGAUGAGCCUCUGUACCCCAUCCAUAUGCCCCGAGACUCAGUCUCAAUUCUUCAGAAACUGCUCACUCGUGAGCCCGACCAGCGACUCGGAAGCGGCCCAACUGAUGCCCAGGAGGUGAUGAGCCAGCCAUUCUUCCGCAACAUUAACUGGGACGACAUGUACCACAAGAGAGUGCCGCCUCCUUUCAUGCCUCAGAUUAAGAGUGCCACGGAUACAAGCAACUUCGACUCUGAGUUCACUAGUGUCACUCCAGUUCUGACUCCAGUUCAGUCCGUUUUGUCACAAGCCAUGCAAGAGGAGUUCCGAGGCUUCUCAUACACAGCUGAUUUUGAUUAA